CAGAAAUUAAUAGAAAAGUCAUCCUUCCUCAAAACCCUAAUCUCUUUCUCACUCAAAUCUCGUCUAUCCUUCUCUCUUGAGGCUUCGGCCGUUCUUUUUGUUUUUCCCCAAUUCUGUUCUUAAUCCCCAAUUCUCUUCUAAAUCCCUAAUUCUAUCUCUAAAUCCAUAAAUUCCCAAUUUCCCAACCCAACCGAUGGAACCCUAGAAACAGGUUUCUAUCAUAUGGUAUCAGAGCCCGAAUGAACCUAUCCAAGUUCUUCGAUUCGGAGUGGGUUCGUCUAAGCCAACGAUUGCAGCAGUCUAUCAACCACUACCGACGGGAAGCACGGGAGAGGGAGGAGACCAAGGGCGGGGGCAGUGGGUGUCGCCUUGGCGAGACAGGGCGGCGGCGACCGGCGGGUCUGCCCGACAACACCGCGAGGGCAGGCGACGCGGCGGAGGCUGGGGAGGCAGCCCUAGGCGCCGCGGGGGCAGGAGCGGCGACAGCCGCUGACACGCCAAAACACAACACCAAACUGCGACCAAGUGUAAUCGCAGUCUGGGAAUGCAGUAAAAUGGCAAGUUCUAUUAUCAACCCGGAGUCUAGAUCUACUGCUUACUCCGUGAUUAUCUAUUAUCUAGCCAACUAAGUUAACUGAUUGUUGUUUAAAGCAAAAGCAGUAAGAAAGCAGGAAUUGGUACGAUUUUCUCAAGCAAAGAAGGGUCACUCGGGAAUGAGUCCCCCUAGCUCCUUAGUUAGGCCUCAAUUGUAAUUACCCUGGGUUGAUUUACUGUUGAUUAGACUGCGGAAGAUCCGACAAUAGCUUGGAAUCUCUUAAGCUGACCAAGCCCUCUCAGUCUAAGUACUUGGCAGACGACUAGUCUUCACCGGGAUAGAAAGCUGAAGCAAUAAGCACAGAACUCCACUACUGGAAUUGGAUUCCAGUACAAAGCAGUAAACUGGCUAACUCUCGUAUAGCCAAUCUCCUAUUAACGAAUGAUGAGGCUCUAACAACCUAAUCAGAUUCUAUCUAUCUCAGGUUGCAGCAGAAAUCAGGAAAAGCUGAUCAGACUUCAAUUGACUCAAUAAACAUGCAUCAUUCGAUUAAAACCAAACAGUAUAAUCAUCCCAAGUCAUUACAAUCAAAUCCCUAACACAUGGAACUAGGGUUCUACUCCAUAGAGAGAGAGGGGAAAACAGAAUACAAAGCAGUCAUACUCAUAACAAUGGAAAGAAUCUGCUAUGGGAUGAUGAUUUCCACUCCUAUGACGAUCUCCAAGCUCGAUUUGAUGAAACCCAGCUCCAAGAUAGCUUCUAGGAUGUGUUCUUCGUACUUUCUCUCUCUAGGGCUCUAUUUUUGCUCUGAAAACUCGAUUCUCUCUUUUGCAGCCCGAAAUUGGGUAAAAACCAGAAAUUCCCGACUCACACGGGUAGGCCACACGGCCGUGUGGCAUACCCAGUUGCCCGUGUGAGGUCAAAACGCCGCGUUCCGAUUAUGUGGGUUUCAGGCUUCCUACACGGCCAGGGGCACACGGCCGUGUAGCUCACCCAGCCUGGCCGUGUGAAGCCUCGCAGAAUUCCAAACGGCCAAAUUGCAACUUCACACGGCCGUGUGGGUUCGGUGUGUGCCCGUGUGGCUUCCUCAGCGACUCGCCGCGCGUCCGAUCUUCGUCCAAUCGACCCCGAACUCGCUCCCAAGCCUUCAUUCACUUACUAGGACCUGAAAUAUCACAAACAAACACAACCUAGCGUGAAAUCGGCCUAAAACACGAGAAUCAACACCCCAAACGGCUCCAGAAUAGGGGUAAAAACAUGUGCAAUUAACGGCUUAUCAAACUCCCCCACACUUAACCGUUUGCUUGUCCCCAAGCAAACCAAGUCAGACACAAGGUAAGCUCACAUAUUUCAAUCAUACCAACAUUGGGGACAAAUCAUAUAGGCACAGAAACACGUGAAUCAUACUGGUUUUCAAACAUCAACACAUGAACAACCUCAAUAGCAACCUGGACAACCACCACAGAAGACAUUCGAGUGCAGCAAAAUCGAGUAAAGGAGGAGUCUCCCUUCUGUUCAUCAACCAACCUAGACUUGACUCAACCACUUACUCAAGACACUCAACUCAUGCAUAAAACUCAAGACAUCAGAAUCAAGAGCGAGCCAUCUAGGUCCUCACCGGGUAAAGAGUGUAAAGAACAAGAAAAUGAAUCGCUCACUCUCGACCAGUGGGUUCAGGACAAUUUGAUGCGAAAAAUGCGCAUACUUAUUCUCUCAAUUCCUAACAUCUCUUCACCAUGAAGGCAACCUCUAAAUGUUAGAGUUCACAUAAAUGGUUGUCAUCACUAACUAAUCAGGAGGUCUUAGACACAGGUUCAAGUGACUGGCUAGGGUCUUGGACAUGGGGAAAAGGCCUUUUAGGUGGUGGAAGUAUUCAUAGCACAAGGUUCCACAUUUCCAAACCCAACAAACUCACAGUCAAUCAAACCCGUACUUUCUUUCUGCUAUUCUGCAUUACUCAAAUUCAGAGCACAAGAGCGAAGGAGGUCACAUAAAUACCCGUAUUUCUAAGCCAGACUGCUAAGAAACACUACUUUCAGAU